UUAACCCUGCUCUACAGGCUUGAAUGAAUGGCGUCAAGGAGCUUAGCAUCUAUGAUGAAGAAAUCGGCAGUGCUAUAUCACUAUCCAUGCCCAGACGGUGCAUUCGCUGCAUUGGCAGCUCAUCUUUACUUCUGUGCUACUUCUCUCCCUGCCCUUUUCCUUCCCAAUACUGUCUACAAUCCCAUCAAGCUCGAACACCUUCCUAUCCAUGAAAUCGAUGAUCUUUAUCUUCUUGAUUUUGCUGGACCUUCUGGUUUUGUGCACCAAAUCUCCUCCAAAUUUAGCAGAGUGGUCAUAUUGGAUCACCACAAAACAGCAAAAGAGAUGCUCGGCGGCGAAACUUUAGUGGGUAAGAAUGUGAAUGCAGUUUUAGAUAUGGAAAGGAGUGGUGCUACGAUUGCGUAUGAUUAUUUCAAGGAGAAGCUUGUUGGGAAUCCUAAUCAGAAUAUCGUCUCUGAGUUCAGUCGUCUAAGGCCCAUUUUUGAAUACAUAGAAGAUGCAGAUCUUUGGAGGUGGAGACUUGAAAAUAGCAAAGCUUUUAGCAGUGGGUUGAAAGAUUUGAACCUUGAAUUCAAUGUCCGGUUAAACCCCUCUUUGUUUAAGCAGUUACUUUCUUUGGAUCUGGAGUCUGUCAUUGCUCAAGGGAUGAUGAGCUUAUCAGUCAAGGAAAAGUUAAUAAAUGACACCCUUGAUCAGUCAUAUGAAAUUGCACUUGGGGGUGGAGCUUUUGGACAUUGCCUGGCUGUUAAUGCAGAUUCUUUACCAGAGUUAAGGAGUGAAUUGGGACACCAAUUGGCUAUCAAAAGCAGUGAUCAAAACCUGAGAUAUGGCGGGAGGCGACGUUGAUAAGGCAGCUGAGAAGAGGAAAAGAGAGCUUGCCAGAAAAGUUCUAGAGAAAAAGGAGGUUGCUGCUGCUGUUGCCAGGGCCGAGCUUGAGGCCCAGAAACGAGCUCGAGUGGAAGAGACGAGCUCCCCAGUCCGAGCUCAAGAAGAACCUGCUACUGAGGGGCCGGCACAUGCCCCAGAACAACCUACUACUCAACCUUGGGUCUUUGCUGCUUUGGAAGGCGGGUCCUAGGGCAAGCAAUCCAGUCCGGCGACCACUCUCCCGAGGUGCUUAGAUACUAAUUGGCUCGUUGGAGAGGAAUCACACCAUGCGAGGCAACAUAGACUUGGCCCGAGUCACUAGCGCUUCAAUUUACCUCCUUGAAGACCGAGCUUGAAUGGCCCCGGAGAACAUUGAUGAACUCCUCAACCAAUCAAUGAGCCUGAGCAUGGAAGCCGUCGCUACCCAGCACAUGGUCGGUCAGAAGGUCAACUUUCUAAGGAGGGAGAUCUCUAAGGCGGUCCAGGAGGCCAUGGCUUCUAAGAACCAGCUCUCAGUUGCGAAUGGUCGGAUUGUAGAAUUAGAGCAACAAGCGAAGUCUUCUGAAGAGCUAAUAGCUCGGCUACGGAAGGAAUUUGAAGAUGCCCAGGCCAGUUGAGCUUACGACUUGGCUAAGUUUGCUAAGGAGAUAAAAGCGAAGGAGAACAAAGCCUUGGAGAAGGAAGCCAGCGCCUAUGUACAGGCCCAUGGCGAUCUCUUAGCCGAGCUUAUCAAGCGCUAUCCUGAGGAUGACUUCACCUGGCCCGAGAAGCUUGCUCCAGGUGUUGAGGCUGAGAGCAAGAGCGAACCGAAGGGAGAGGAUAUAGACAAUUUAACUGAUGAGCGGGUUGGGGAGGACCCGCCCACGAAGUGAUGUAACUCAGUGCUUAAUGAAAUAAAAGAUUUCUUUAAGAUUGGUCUUUCUUAUUUUCUUAUCGAGAUUGGAUACUCACAUGAUCGACGUUAAAUUACAAGUUCAAUUAUAUGCAAUGACCUUUAGAGAUCGGACUAACAGCAUAGAAAUCAAAAAUAAAAUAUAAUACCGAACUUCAAUCGAAAACAAAAUUAAAAUUUAAGCAAGUAUAUAAAAUUGAACUUUAUUGAGAUUGGAUAGUGUGAGGAACAAAAUAAAACAAUUAUUGAGAUCGAAUUAUUUACAGACGGAAAUUGGAUCUAAAAUGGAAAUCAAACUUCAACCAAAACAAGAAUGGGGUCGAAGAUUGGAUAAUCAACACUCAAACUUCUGAUAGAACUGAAACUCGAACAAGCAUAUAGGGUUGAGCUUAAUGAGACUUAAAACUAGUAUUAUUGAGUUCAGGCCAUCCCAAGAUCGGUCUACAACAGAAUUGCAACCUUUAUCGAGAUUGGAUAAUAUUGUGAUCGGACUCCGAUUCAGAAACUGACUACAUGUGAUUGAUGAACCUUGAAACUAGCAUGUGAAAAUUAAUUAAACCGGUAUUAUUGAUGAAACUUAAAACCAAUAUUAUUGAGUUUGGGCAAUCCCAAUAUCGGACUAUAACAGAAUUGCAACACUUAUCGAGAUUGGAUAAUGUUGGGAUCGGAUCUCGAUUCGGAAACUACA